CUAAAAUAGUCGAGCAGAAAAUAGUGAAACGAUCAUCAGAUAUAGAUUUCAAAUCAGCUAAAAGGUUGAAUAUGCUAAAGAGGCUUUCUUAAAAAGUUCUCUCACGUAAAAAAAUUGUUAUGAACAAUGCGAGCUCACUUCACGUACUUGAUCUUUGAUCUAGAGCUUAACGAUUUCGGAAUAUUCUGCAAGCCUCUGUUGUGCUACCAUCGUGCGUACUCUACUGACGGCUUGAGUCUAUGAAGGAGAUGAUCCUGUUAGUUCUAAAUAAUGAAGCUUUCCGUACAGGAACUUUAAUGACGAUGAGCGCUGAUCAUACAAAAUGUCUCGGACUCGUCAUAUACCGCCAAGAUGACGUAUAUCAUAGCAUCGAAUCGAACUACCCUUCUAAUACGUGAAUCAGCGUCCCAGUAUGAUAUUUGAGAGCAACGUCGGGAUGUCCGUGCAAGGCCGAUGUGUAUUGAUACUAUGCGGUGGAAUGUUCAUGUUCGUCUAGACGCCGUCAUGAGACAGUUGGUGGGCGCACAUUAUACCACAAAAGAGUUUGCCUCAUUGCCACAUGCUUAAUAGUCACCAUUUAUAGUUCUACUUUGGGGAGCUUAAUACAAACUGUAGUAAUGAUUGAGCAUCCAACGUCAUCCUGUGUGUUGGCUGGUGAACCGCUACCUGCUGGUGCGAUCUCGAUGCCUGUCGGAGCCGAGGUCCUACUGGAACGGUUACUCGAUCGCCGACGGCCUGAAGUUGAAUACAAGGUAGCGUUACGACAUGGAUUCCUCCGAGUUAUCUCUCCCGAGUGCAGUGAUUCUCAACAGCUCUCGACGAUAAUGCGUCUCGCAGCCGAUGUCCAUGAGCAAAACGUUGCUCUUGUGAAGACAGUCAAUUUUUAUGUGCUCCAGACAACAAGGCCAAUACCCAUUGGUGAGGAACUUCGCUUCUGGUUCAACCUUGAAGUUAGCUGUGAACUUCAAAUUCCAGUUCUCACACCUCGGCAUAUUUUAGGACAUCAGCGCUACGUGUGCAUUUCAUGUGACGCCACGUUUCCACAGCCAAACAUGCUAAAAGCGCAUCUAAGGCUCAAUUGGUGCACCUACCAGAGAGGUCAGCUACCGGCCUUACGGCAGGCCAAUGAGCCUUCUUUUCAGAGCACCAUGAGGUUGCAGGACACGCUUCUGCAGGACGACAGUACAACUCAAGGCUCCGGAGGAAUGCAGGACAUUCGAGUCGAUGAAGGCUUAGCGAUGACUCCUGACACGAACACCUCAAAUGAUGAGGACGAUGACGACAACGACAACGACAAUGAAAGGGGAGCAACAAACGAAGCAGAUGAAAGACUACGAAAAAAGGGACAUAUGUGCAUGUUCUGCGGCAAAAUCUAUUCCAGAAGGUAUGGCUUGAAGAUACAUGUCCGAACGCACACCGGUUACAAGCCACUUCAGUGUCGUUUCUGCCAGAGGCCUUUUAGCGAUCCGUCAAAUCUAAAUAAGCACGUCCGGUUGCACGCCGAACUCGAAUCACCCUACCGUUGCGGAUUGUGCGAUAAGGCCCUCGUACGCAAACGCGAUCUGGAAAGGCAUCUUAAGACUAAACAUUGCGUCACUCCGCCUGAAUGAAAAUAAGCGACGAGUACGUUCCCUAGUUUAAUCAACGGCUUAAUCGCAGUCCAUAUUUGAGUUUCUAACUGAAAUUCAAAAACGCACCCGCUGACAAAGUCCUCGGAUCCUUCCUUCUAGUAAUCACACCUCUAAACUGUCGCGGCUCACUUAAGUCUCAGAUCUCUUUAUCGACACUGUAGCGUAUCAGGCACGAUAAAUGUUUUGUACUCCUAAUAUAAGGGCAGAGUUGGCACUUGAAUUAUACGAGAAACAUGUUGUCCUAUUCUAGCUUCGGUACAGCGACUGUGUAAGUAACAUAGUACUACAUAAAGAGCAAGCUGGAGAAAUAAAGAGAUAAUGCACAUUGGGGCCAAUGAUGGGGGCAUGGUCACAAGUAGCGCAGUAAGCAAUUUUUUUUUGCAUAACUAGAGAAAAACAGUGAGAAGUACAGUAGAAAACGAAGUAUCUAAUAUUGGCAUAACGGCAUUUGGUCCCAUUUCUCGGUACAGCCGUUAAGAAUAAAAUGAAUAUUGAGAUUUUUUGGAACUUAGAGAGCAAGGCUAGCUAACAAGGCUACCGUUUCGAUAAAUAGUGUUUCUAAAUUAAGCAGGUCUUUAGCUAAACUAUAGUUAAGCGAAAUACAACAAAUGCGAAUUUGUUUUACUGAUGCGUAUUUUUCAAAAUUUAACUCUCUCUCUUAAAGUUCAUUUGAAAUUAUUCUAAUAGUUCCCUUACGGUGCAUUUUUAGUGGACGUAUAACUUGUAAGAAUCACGCACAUCGUUGUAUGUAGCUGUCUCAAUGAGGGAUCAUAUUGGCGGUCUAGUCAACUUCUAUUGUAAAUAUUAUUACUUUCCAUCACGUGUACGACUAUUUUCUGCUUGUACAUAUGAUACAUAAAAAAAAAAAAAGAGCAAUAUAUUUUUGUAAAAAUGAGUAAUUCUUCUGUGCCUAAUGAUGAAUAACUAAUAACAAUGACGGAAAAGAAUGUGU